AUGGCCGAAGAAAAGAAGAUCGAGCUGAAUGAGAAGGGCGACAACCCAAUUUCACAAACCGAUUCUGAGGAGACCGAAGUCAGCAAGAAGAGUCAGAUGUGCGUUGAGGUUGAUGAAACCGACCCCAAGAAAGUCGUGCUCCGUGGCUGUACUGGAGUUGUCAAGUGGUUCAGCAUUUCCAAAGGUAAAUCUUGGUUUUUGUUUUAAUUUUCGGUUUAUUUUUAGACGAAUUUUAGUUUCAGCAUCAGUUUUUUUUGUCUAUUGUUACCUUUUAGGUUUUGGUUUCAUCCGUCGCAACGACAACGAGAAGGACAUAUUCGUUCAUAGUUCAGCUAUUGUCCAACGUGAUGAUCGUCGUUGGAGAUACGCGUUGGUUGCCGAUCAAGAAGUGGAGUUCGACGUGAUUUCCGGAUGGAAGGGACCGAAAGCUCAAGCCGUUACUUUGCCCGGUGGUGAACCUGUUGAAGUUUUGAGACUCUACGAACGUUUCGGACGCUUCAAGAACGGCCGCAGACGCACCAAGAGCGAGAACGCUUCCGAUGGAGAUAAGACUGAUUCCUCUCGUCGUCGUUAUGCUUCUGAUGGUGGUGAAAGCUCGGAGGAAGCAAAGAAGAACAAGACAGUUGUAAAGCGCAAGCGUAAGUUGUAUUUUGAUUACUUUUAAUCUGCUAUUUUGUUUUACACUAAUGAUCGUUUUUCAUCUUUUUAUCUUGUUAUUUCAGCGUUGCGUCGUAACCGCAAAAGCAAGGACGAGAAAGAAAAGACCACCAGUGAGGACAAGAAACUGAUCCAGGCCGAGGAAAAGCAAGCCGAGUUGGUAGCUUAG